AUGUACUACAGCGUCCCAGACUACGGUAGAUACUGUCUGAUAGCGUGGUGCCUGGUGACUGGCAUCUUCUCCCUUCUUGGUAACCUCACCCUCCUCCUCUGCUCGCUAGUCUCUAACGCUCUUAAACUAGACAAGGUCUCAGUUGUCCUGAUCCAGAACCUAGCUAUAGCGAGCAUUGGUUUCACCGUCUUCAUCAUCCUGCCUACGGUGGGAUCUACAGUGGAACAGGAGUGGAUCUACGGGAAUGGGCUGUGUGUGGUGACCACCUACGUGCUGUAUGUCCUGGGCUUCAUGAGUACCUACCUGAUAGCCAGUCUCAACAUCAGCAAGCUGACAGUACUGUCAUUUCCACUUCGUGCCAGACUGAGAACGAAGAAGUGUGGCGCUGUCAUAUCGGUCACACUGUGGGUUUGCGUCAUCAUCUUGAUCAUCGUUCGGGAGGUGAUAGCCAAGCGAGACAUUGUAUUCAGCCCGCUCGUCUUCGCGUGCAUUUUGGACUACAGGUUCAAACCCCCGGGCCCGUUCGAGCAAGUUACUUUCUACAGCAACCUCUUAGUACCACUUGGUGUGAUCCUAGCGACAGCGAUCUGGUUAAUGCUGCUCAUAAGAAGGGUUAGGACUCUAACAAGACAUGGGGUGUUUGCUCUUCUGGCUGUCUCCAUCGCUUACCUCCUCUCCUACCUUCCCUUUAUUAUAUUCGCAGUUGUAAGGGAACAGCCAAUGACAGAUGAUAACGUCAGACUGUACACAGUAGCGGCAGUAUCAACCUUUAUAUCACCCUUCUCCAACCCUAUCAUAUUCUACUUCAACAUCACCAGCUUCAAGACCUACGUGGAUAACAAAGUGUUGUGGGCUCUGGGCAAGCAGGCGGUUACGCGGGAGCAGGAGUUCUCUACUCGCAUGUCUACUAUUAGCAUGCACAGCGUAAGGGAGUCAGUUGUUACUGCAGUCAGGCUUCCAACCAAUACACUUCAGAGGAAUUCGACUGUGGUGGAAGAAAUUUGAACUUAAUGAAAGGG